UCUAAACACAACAACAUGGCGGGAGCAUGCGGCCACGAGCAUCACAAGCAUGAUCAUGAAAGUGCAGAUUUGGGAUCUUUAUACACACUUUAUACAAAAAUUGAUUUAGAAAAAGUGCAAUGUCUUAAUGAAGCAGAGGAGAGUUCUGGAAAAACAGUGUUUAAACCAUGGGAUAAACGGCUUGAUAUUGACCAGUUUGUACAAAGUGACUGUGAUGAAGAAUUGCUGUUUAAUAUUUUUUAAAAAUACAAUGGUUCAUGUAGAUGUGUGUGGUAUUGAUGUUGAUUUUCCAUUCGAACCAUAUGAAUGUCAAAUGAGGUAUAUGGAAAAAGUUAUCACAUGCUUACAGAAAGGUAUACAUGGCGUACUCGAAUCCCCGACUGGCACCGGAAAAACACUUUGUCUUUUAUGUGCAACUUUAGCUUGGCGUGAGACAUAUGCUGCAAGAUUACAGUAUGAACGUUAUGGUCAAAAACAAAACACUGAUUUUUCUGAGCAACUUGGUGAUGCAUUAAAUAGCGUUUCUGGUAGUUUAAACCCUGGUGGCUCAUGGGAAAGAGGAUUUGUUGAAGCACCACAGAUUAUAUAUGCAUCACGGACCCAUUCACAACUCUCACAAGCUGUGAAUGAAUUAAAAAAUACACGCUAUAGCCCAAAAAUAUGUGUUUUGGGUUCUCGUGAACAAAUGUGCAUUAAUUCAGAAGUCAUGAAAGAAGAGACUAAUAACGGAAAGGUUCAUAUGUGUCGUAUUAAAGUUGCAGGAAAGCAAUGUUUUUAUCACAAUAAUUUAGAGGCUAGCAAAGCCUCUGUUCCAACUGGAGUACUUGACAUUGAAGAUCUUGUUGCUGCUGGCACUGAAAAAAAAUUCUGUCCAUAUUAUAUGGCAAGAGAGAUGCGAAAAGAAGCGGAUUUGAUUUUUAUGCCGUAUAACUAUGUUCUUGAUGUCAAGGCUCGCAAUGCACACAGUAUUGACUUAAAUAAUACUGUAAUAUUACUAGAUGAAGCACACAACGUGGAGAGUGUAUGUGAAGAGAAUUCAUCUUUUGAUUUGACAUCAUUCGAUUUGGCUUCCUGCAUUGAGGACUGUCAACAAUGUAUCGAAACGUUGUUACAACAAGAAGAAGAUGGCACGAUGCAAGAUGAAGCAUCACCUGGUGAUUUGACAGCUGAGGAUACCUCUCUGAUGAAAACAUUAUUUUUAAAACUUGAAGCAGCCAUUAGUGAAGUAGAGUUAGAUAAAAAUGAAAGUGUCACGAAGCCUGCUAGUUUUCUCCUUGAUUUGUUAAACCAAUUAAAUGUAAACUCACAGUCCAAAGAUCAGAUAAUGGAUACUCUUGAAAAAAUGAGUGGCUUGAUUGCUGGAUCAAGUCGGAAAGUUUUCAAGGCAAGGAAUUAUGCUCUCGAUAAAUUUGCCACUAUUCUCAAAACCAUGUUUUCAAGGAAUGCAGACAGUUCUUCCUCCCUGUCAUCAAAUCUACCGAUACAAAAGUACUACAAGGUACAUAUCCAGGCUGAACUAAAUGAUCAAAAAAACAAGAAAAGAUUAGAUGUAUGGACAAGCAAGUCCAGUUCUUCAAAAGAAGCUCCAAGGACAUUGAGUUACUGGUGUUUUAACCCUGGUCUAACUAUGCAGGAACUGGUGGCACAUGGAGUUAGAUCUUUAAUUUUAACAAGUGGAACUUUGUCUCCGUUGUCGUCUUUUAAAGCAGAACUUAGCAUCGCGUUUGAUGUUGAGUUAGAGAACUCACAUGUGAUAGAACGACACCAAGUAUUUGUUGGUAUACUACCUCAAGGACCUGAUGGAAAGCCUUUAAAUUCAUCCUAUAAAUUUCGAUCAACCCCGGAGUACCAAGUCAGUCUUGGUAAUACGAUCGUCAACCUGGCGAGGAUCAUUCCGCAUGGUUUGUUGGUAUUUUUUCCUUCAUACCCCGUCAUGGAUAUGGUGAUUGCAAAAUGGCAGGGAUGCGGUAUAUGGGACAGGCUUAGUCAAAACAAAGGCUUGUUUGUAGAACCGAGACGUAAAAGCGGACUUGCUGAAACUAUGGAACAAUUUUAUGAAAAAGUACACGAUCCAAAUUUUAAAGGCGCUGUAUUUUUCGCCGUUUGUAGAGGGAAGGUGAGCGAAGGCUUAGAUUUUGCUGACACAAAUGGCCGAGCCGUAGUUAUCACUGGUCUACCAUUUCCACCGUCAUUCGAUCCGAGGGUUAUCUUAAAGAAACAAUAUCUUGAUGAACAAAAGAAUAAAGUAAGCAUCAGUGGAAAGGACUGGUACCGACAACAAGCUUCCCGAGCUGUCAAUCAAGCCAUUGGCCGUGUUAUUCGACACAAAAAUGAUUUUGGCGCUAUUUUACUGUGUGACGAAAGGUUCCGUAACUCCGAUGCAAAAAGCCAUCUUCCAGUAUGGAUCAAACAACAGAUCAAAGAAUAUAAAGAUUUUGGACAAGCUCAACGCGAUCUUGCCAUAUUCUUCAAAGAAACGCAACAAAAAAUGGGUGUGGUUGAACCUAAACAAAAGAGGAAGUUUGACACAAUAUCGAAUGAGUCUGACCAAUUGAGCACGAAAAGGAAAGCGUUAAAGACAUAUUACUCAGCUUCUGUACACAUCAACAACAACAACAACAACAACAACAACAAAUUGUCUUUUGGCAGCAACACGAUGUCGAACAGCGCUGCGAAAAAUUCUUUGUUUGUUUUAAAUGCUGACAAACAGGCGAAAGGUAGCAUAUUUGAGUCUUUGCGCAGAAAUGAAGGUGCGGCAGAGAAAAGUGGAGGUUUACAAUGUUCUUCUCUUUCUUCGACGAUUCUUGGAAACAAUGUUGGUAAUCCGCAACCGAAAACCAAAAAAUACAGACUUGUGACGUCUGCUAAUGUCGAGAAAAAAAUGGGAGUAGGCGGAAAGAAGUUAAAAGUCCAAAACGCAAAAGAAUACCUUUCAAAGGUGAAAAAAACGUUACCGAAAAAUAAAUAUGAGAAGUUCGGACAGGUCAUGAAAAUGUUUAAACAGAGUGGAAAUAUAAAAACCUUGAUGAAAGAAUUUGAAGAUGUUUUUGACCGUACUGACUUAGAACAUAUAUCAUUACUAGAAGGAUUUUCAUUUUUUAUUGGUAAAGAAAGUGAUAAAAAAUACUUUGAAGAAGCUUGUGAAAAAUUCUCAGCAACACAAUGCAUCAUAUGUUUGGAAGAAGCGUAUAAGCCUCACGCUCCUCCUUGUUGUCAUUUUGCAUGUUAUGCAUGUUGGGUCUCUUCCAAGAAGCCAGGAUUGUUGAAGUGCCCAAAGUGUGAUUUAUCCUUUAAAUGGAAACAACUUCAAAAAUCCUACAUUGAUGGCCAACUUGGAUUGUAUGGUUAUGAUUUUAGCAAAUUCAUGUAAUACAUCGCUCGUAAGAGUUCGUGAGUAAACGAAUCGUCAGAAAAUAUGCUCAGCCAUGAACUUUUCCUUUAUAUUGUAUUUCUACUGCUACCGCUUACGACGCAAGUGAAAACUUCACAAGAAACCACCCAGAAUGCCGUUAAAAGGUUCACUC